UCGUCUCAUUAGCAUGAGGAGCUGUAUAAACCCCGCCACUGCAGAAUUUUGAGCUGUGUUGAAGGCGAGGCAACAAGCGUAUCUGACUGGCUGCGCGCAAGAAGCAAGUAACUUUCACUUCCAGCACAGUUCAGUUCAUAAAAGCGGGAGCUGCAUGGAGAACCCGCUCCAGAGGUGAACUCGUCUCAUCUGCUCGGCACACAAUGAGGCUGCUUACCGAGGGAAAAAUUACUACGAAGAUGAUACGGGGCAAAUCUAUAACUUAUUGGCACCGGUGGAUUUUUAUAUUCUCAAUCCAUCAGUUUUUAUUUGCCUCGCUGGGUCAGUCAGAGGGAAAUACUAUUCGAUACCAGACCAAUGAGGAGGGCGCACCAGGUACAGUCAUCGGAAACCUUGCCAAGGACAUGUCCUUGAGUCUGUCUCACUCCUCCAAGACCAAUUUCAGGAUGAUGAAACAAUUCAAUGAUUCAUUCAUCAGGGUAAGAGAAAGCGACGGGGAACUCACUGUCGGGGAACGAAUUGACAGGGAAAGAAUCUGCAGACACACUCCACAGUGUCUCAUUACUUUUGACGUGGUAAAUUUCUCCAAAGAUCGCUACAAAUUGAUUCACGUUGAGGUGGAAAUAAAGGACAUCAAUGACAACUCUCCGGAGUUUCCAAACAAGGAAUCUAUUGUGGAGAUCUCCGAGAAUGCAGCAGUAGGGUCCAGGAUCCCUUUAGACCCAGCUGUGGACGCUGAUGUCGGGUCAAACUACAUCCAAAGCUAUCAAAUUUCUGUCAACAGUCAUUUUACUAUUGAUGUGCUCCUGAGAGCGGAUGGGGUUAAAUAUGCGGAAUUGGUGCUAAUGAAAGAGCUAGACAGGGAGAUUCAGUCAUCAUACACCGUGGAUCUGGUCGCCACAGACGGAGGAAAUCCGUAUAGAUCGGGGUCAACAAAGAUAACUAUCAGAGUGACUGACUUUAAUGACAACAGCCCCGUUUUUGACCAGAAUAGUUUCUCAGUCACUUUGCCGGAGGACGCGCCGGUUGGCACUGUUAUACUGGACUUAAACGCAGUUGAUGCUGAUGAGGGUUUAAACGGAGAGGUCGUCUACGGGUUCGGAAAACAGGUUUCUCACGAGAUCCGAGAACUUUUCCAAGUGGAUAAUAAAUCGGGCCGCCUGACGCUCAGGAGCCCGGUGGAUUUUGAGGACAAAAGCACCUACGAGCUAGACGUGCAGGCGACAGAUCUGGGACCCAACCCGACCCCCUCCGUGUGCAAAAUCAUAAUUCACGUCUCAGACGUUAAUGACAAUGCCCCAGAAAUCAGCAUCACCCCGAUGACCUCCAUUACGACAGGCAUUGCAUACAUCAGCGAGGCGGCAGACAAGGACAGUCUGGUGGCGCUGAUCAGCACCCUGGACAGAGACUCGGGUGUUAACAGCCAGGUCCACUGCACAUUAUACGGCCACGACCAUUUUAAACUACGGCAGGCUUACGAGGACAGCUACAUGAUAGUUACAGCAGCAGCCCUAGACAGGGAGAGGAUUAGUGAGUAUAACUUGACGGUCAUGGCUGAGGAUUUUGGGUCACCCCCGCUGAGAAAGAUCACUCAGUACACCAUUAGACUGAGCGACGAGAAUGACAACGCCCCCCACUUUACUAAAGCUGUCACUGAAGUUUCUGUGGUGGAAAACAACCCCCCGGGGGCUUAUAUCACCACAGUUGAGGCAAGCGACGCCGAUCUGGGCAAUAAUGGCAAAAUCACCUACAGACUGGUGGACAGCAUUAUCAUGGGGUCUCCAGUGAACACCUUUGUGUCUCUCAAUUCAGUGUCUGGCUCUAUAUAUGCACUGAGAAGUUUUAAUUAUGAAGUGAUGAAACAGCUAGACAUCCACAUCCAAGCAAGUGAUGGGGGGUCACCACAGCUGCAGAGCACAGCUGUCAUCAGACUAAAAAUAGUUGAUCAGAAUGACAACCAACCGUCUAUCAUAGAGCCACCGCUUUACAAAGGAUCUGCUGAGGUUUUCCUGCCCAAAGAUGCACCUGCAGGUUAUUUAGUAACCCAGAUAAAGGCCACAGAUGCUGAUGAGGGCAUAAACGCACAGCUGUCCUAUAAAAUCACAGAGGGGGGGCACCUGGGUUUCUCCAUCAGCAAAGACACAGGGAAGGUGCACGUGAGCCGACAGCUGACGUAUGAUCUCACAGACAAUGUCAAAGUCACAGUGUCGGUCAGCGACAAUGGAUCCCCCGCACUUACCUCCACAGCCAUUAUACACUUCAGCUUCAUAGAAGGAAAUCUCCCCAGUAUGCCUUCCUUGACUCAAAAUGGCAGCGAGGAGCUCUUUGAAUGGGACAUGUCCAUAGCCAUCAUCAUUGUCCUGGCAGGGAGCUGUUCUCUCCUCCUGCUGGCUAUCAUUCUCAUCACAACCAUUUGCAACCGCAGGAAAAAAGAGACAAGGGAGGGGGCAUAUGAUGAAAAAGAAGACGCACCAAAUGUGGAGAAAGUGGAAAGUGGUCACAUUGAUUCAUUGAUUGCCAGCCACAAAGGCAAAGUGUUUGAUGCACAUCCACUUCCAGAGAAAACUCCACUGGCCAGCAACAACACAACAGAGACAGGCUGUGAGGAUGGCAGGCAGACAGCAGGCAUGUUUGAGUCAAACAGCAGAGUGAUGGAGGGUAAAUUAAAGCAGGGUUAUUCCACACUGCCGGGAUACGGGAAAGAAACCGUCAGACCAAUAACAAUAUGGAAGGGUAAUUCAUUCACGACGAUCUCAGCAAGAGAUCCCCACAUCAGUGGCAAGGACAGUGGAAAAGGGGACAGUGACUUCAAUGACAGCGAUUCUGACAUAAGUGGAGAUGUGCACAAAAAAGAGUCGCCUCCAACAAACAGUCUCUGGGCAUGUACAAGUGAGUGCAAAGUGUUGGGACACUCGGACCGAUGCUGGAGCCCUUCGGCUACAAGGCCCAACACGAGCAUGGCCUGUGGACCGCAUCUGUCAACUUUCUCCAAGACAGCUUCACUUCCCCGCGACACCAGAAGGGAAAACUACUAUCCAGCUCACAUACCAAAAACCAACGGUCUGCAAAGUGUCUAUGAAAAGGUUCAACACCAGGAGUUUGAUUAUAUUCUUGUUGGUCCACCAACACCAGCCCGAAUACAGGAAACGGAUGAGAUAUCCAUUCCAGAGUACGCAAACUCUUAGAGAUCAGAAAGUCAUCAAAAGGGAUUUUUUUCCUUAUACUGUAUAGUACUGAUUAUUUGACUAUAUGUCGGCUUGUUGCUGUGUUUUGUAAUAUGUCGUGUCUUUUGGCUCAUAUAAGACUGUUCAUUGUAUCAUGUGUAAUAUGCAAGAUUUUGUACAUUAAUAAUAUAUUUUUCAUAACGAUUCAGUGUAAAGAAGAAUUUUAUUAUACAUUUUCAGGAGCAUGUGUUACUAUUUAAGGGGCAUGACCUAUGGACACUGAGGCUGAAAGGGGCCUUUCUGCUGUGGAAAACAAUCAGUAUGAAAGAUUACCAUGUUUGUGGUGAUUUUUGUCACAUUGUUGCACAAAUAAAUGGUUAA